AUGUCUGGCCAUCCUCACCAGGGCGGCUAUGAUGAUGGCUACAACGGCCAGCAUCAUGGCAACGACGCCUACUACCAGGACGACCAGCAGCACGGUUACCAUGACCAAUACGACUACGGCCACCAGCAACAUGGCGGCGAGGGAUAUUACGAUGAAUCUGGCUACUACAAUGCCGAUGCUUCCAAUCCCUACCACAACGACGGUGGAUACUACGAAGGCCACCAAGGCUAUCAAGAUGAUUACUAUGAUGGGCAAUACUACGAUCAAGGCGCUGCCGGCCAGCACCCCCAAGGUCAACGCCCAAGACGUCGUGGACAUGACUCGGAAGAGGACUCUGAGACAUUUAGCGACUUCACCAUGAGAUCAGACAUGGCCCGUGCAGCUGAAAUGGAUUACUAUGGGCGGGGAGACGAACGAUACCAUAGUGGUUAUGAGGGCCAGGGAGGCCGUGGCUACAGACCUCCUUCCUCCCAAAUAUCUUACGGCGGCAAUCGAUCAUCUGGCGCAUCGACUCCGAUCUAUGGGAUGGAUUAUAACAAUGCACUUCCUGCUGGCCAACGAUCCCGCGAACCCUACCCUGCCUGGACCUCAGACGCUCAGAUUCCUCUGUCAAAGGAAGAGGUUGAGGACAUCUUCUUGGACCUGACUGCAAAAUUUGGCUUCCAACGAGACAGUAUGCGCAACAUGUACGAUCACAUGAUGACUCUGCUGGACUCCCGUGCCUCCAGAAUGACCCCCAACCAAGCCCUGCUCUCUCUGCACGCGGACUACAUCGGCGGUGACAACGCAAAUUACCGUCGAUGGUACUUUGCGGCUCAUCUGGACCUUGACGAUGCUGUUGGCUUCGCCAACAUGAAGCUCGGAAAAGCCAACCGGCGCACACGAAAAGCGCGAAAGGCGGCUGCAAAGAAGGCGAAAGAGAAUCCACAAAAUGAAGAAGCGACCUUGGAGGCCCUGGAGGGUGACAACUCGCUCGAGGCUGCUGAGUAUCGCUGGAAGACAAGGAUGAACAAAAUGUCGCAGCAUGAUCGUGCUCGCCAGAUUGCCCUCUACUUGCUCUGCUGGGGCGAAGCGAAUCAGGUCCGUUUCAUGCCUGAAGCUCUGUGCUUCAUCUUCAAGUGCGCCGACGACUACUUGCACUCUCCUGCCUGCCAAAAUCGCGUGGAGCCUGUGGAGGAGUUCACUUACCUGAACAAUGUCAUCACACCUCUGUACACCUAUAUCCGAGACCAAGCCUACGAAAUCAUCGAUGGAAAAUAUGUCAGGCGCGAAAAGGACCACAACAGAAUCAUCGGUUACGACGACAUCAACCAACUCUUCUGGUAUCCCGAAGGCAUCGAGAGGAUUGUCAUGACCGAUAAGAGUCGUAUUGUUGAUCUCCCCCCUGCCGAGCGAUACUUGAAGCUCGGUGAAGUCAACUGGAAAAAGGUUUUCUUCAAGACGUACAAGGAAACCAGAUCCUGGUUCCAUUUGUUGGUCAACUUCAACCGUAUCUGGGUCAUCCACUUGACAACUUUCUGGUUCUACACGGCCUUCAACGCUCCGACGCUGUACACUAAGAAUUAUCAGCAACAGCUAAACAACAAGCCCAACGCACCUGCGCAAUGGUCUGCGGUCGCUCUUGGUGGCACCAUCGCCUCUCUGAUCCAGAUACUGGCUACCCUCGUUGAAUGGUCGUACGUCCCUCGGAAGUGGGCAGGUGCACAACAUCUGACAAAGCGGCUGCUCUUCCUCAUCGGUGUCUUCGUCCUCAACAUUGCUCCCAGCGUCUACAUUUUCGGUAUCAAGCAGACUGGACAGAUCUCGUUGAUCUUGGGUGUUGUCCAGUUCCUGAUCGCACUGGCCACAUUCUUCUUCUUCUCAAUCAUGCCUCUAGGUGGACUGUUUGGCAGUUACCUCACCCGAAACAACCGCCAAUAUGUCGCCAGUCAGACUUUCACGGCUUCUUACCCCCGUCUUAAGGGAAACGACAUGUGGAUGUCCUAUGGUUUGUGGAUCAUGGUCUUUGCAGCCAAGUUGGCUGAAUCUUACUUCUUCCUGACUCUGUCGUUCCGCGACCCCAUCAAGAUUCUGUCCUACACCAAGAUUCAACACUGCCAGGGCGACAAGAUUCUCAAGGACUACCUUUGCAAGUACCAGCCCCAGAUCUUGCUUGGCAUCAUGUUCUUCACCGACCUGAUUCUAUUCUUCUUGGAUACCUAUCUGUGGUACAUUAUCUGGAACUGCGUCUUCUCAGUCGCUCGAUCUUUCUACCUUGGUGUUUCUAUCUGGACGCCAUGGAGAAACAUCUUCUCUCGACUGCCGAAGCGUAUCUAUUCCAAAGUCUUGGCCACAACUGAUAUGGAAAUCAAGUACAAGCCAAAGGUGUUGAUCUCUCAAGUGUGGAACGCCAUUGUCAUCUCCAUGUACAGAGAGCACUUGUUGGCCAUCGAUCAUGUUCAGAAGCUGCUCUACCACCAGGUUCCUUCGGAGCAGGAGGGCAAGCGCACACUCCGGGCACCGACCUUUUUCGUUUCGCAGGAAGAUCACUCGUUCAAGACCGAAUUCUUCCCGUCGCAGAGCGAAGCCGAACGGCGUAUUUCAUUCUUCGCGCAGUCGCUCUCCACGCCGAUCCCUGAGCCUGUCCCCGUCGACAAUAUGCCAACCUUCACGGUUCUCAUUCCACACUACGGCGAGAAGAUUCUGCUGUCCCUGCGAGAAAUUAUCAGAGAGGAUGAGCCAUACUCUCGCGUCACGCUCUUGGAGUACCUCAAACAGCUCCAUCCUCACGAGUGGGACUGUUUCGUCAAAGACACCAAGAUUCUGGCAGACGAAACCUCGCAAUUCAAUGGCGACUAUGAGAAAUCCGAGAAGGACACCGCAAAGAGCAAGAUCGACGAUCUGCCAUUCUACUGCAUUGGUUUCAAGUCGGCUGCGCCGGAGUACACUCUGCGAACUCGUAUCUGGGCCUCGCUCCGCUCUCAGACACUCUACCGCACAAUUUCUGGUUUCAUGAACUACAGCCGAGCCAUCAAGCUGCUGUACCGUGUCGAAAAUCCAGAAGUCGUUCAGAUGUUUGGUGGUAACUCAGACAAGCUUGAGCGCGAGCUUGAGCGCAUGGCGAGACGCAAGUUCAAGAUUGUCGUCUCGAUGCAGCGCUACGCCAAAUUCAAGAAGGAAGAACGCGAGAACACCGAGUUCCUGCUCCGUGCCUAUCCAGAUCUGCAGAUCGCCUAUCUCGACGAAGAGCCACCGCAGAACGAAGGCGAAGAACCACGUCUGUACUCUGCUCUCAUUGACGGUCACUCGGAACUGCUGGAGAAUGGCAUGCGUCGACCCAAGUUCAGAGUUCAGCUUUCUGGCAACCCCAUUCUCGGAGACGGCAAGUCUGACAACCAGAAUCAUGCCAUCAUCUUCUAUCGUGGUGAAUACAUUCAGCUUAUCGACGCCAAUCAGGACAACUAUCUGGAAGAGUGCUUGAAGAUCCGAAGCGUUUUGGCUGAAUUCGAGGAGAUGACCACAGAUAAUGUCUCGCCGUAUACUCCUGGACUGCCUCCUACCAAGACCAAUCCCGUCGCCAUUCUCGGUGCUCGCGAGUAUAUCUUCUCCGAGAACAUCGGUGUAUUGGGUGACGUCGCUGCUGGCAAGGAACAAACCUUCGGUACCCUCUUUGCUCGUACCCUGGCGCAAAUUGGUGGCAAGCUUCAUUACGGUCAUCCCGAUUUCCUCAACGGCAUCUUCAUGACCACUCGUGGCGGCGUCUCCAAGGCCCAGAAAGGUCUCCAUCUCAACGAGGAUAUCUACGCCGGUAUGAAUGCUUUGAUCCGUGGCGGCCGUAUCAAGCAUUGUGAAUACUACCAGUGCGGCAAGGGCCGUGAUCUUGGAUUUGGAUCGAUUCUCAACUUCACCACGAAAAUCGGAACCGGUAUGGGCGAACAGAUGUUGUCCCGGGAGUACUACUAUCUCGGCACACAGCUCCCUCUGGAUCGCUUCCUGUCGUUCUAUUAUGCCCAUCCUGGUUUCCACAUCAACAACAUGUUCAUUAUGUUGUCGGUGCAGCUGUUCAUGAUCGUCCUUAUCAACUUGGGUGCCCUGCGACACGAGACCAUCAUCUGUUUCUACAACCGCAAUGUUCCCCCGACAGAUCCUCUCAGGCCUACUGGGUGCACAAAUCUCAAACCAAUCAUGGAAUGGGUCCAGCGCUGCGUCGUGUCCAUCUUCAUCGUCUUCUUCAUCUCGUUUGUACCGCUCGUGGUGCAGGAGUUGACUGAACGUGGCUUCUGGCGCGCUGCCACCCGUCUGGCCAAGCACUUUGCCUCUGCUUCUCCGGUCUUCGAGGUGUUUGUGUGCCAGAUCUAUGCAAGCUCUAUCCAGCAAGACUUGUCCUUUGGUGGCGCUCGAUAUAUCGGAACUGGUCGUGGCUUUGCAACAGCACGUAUCCCGUUCGGCGUGCUCUACUCCCGAUUUGCUGGCCCCUCAAUCUACCUGGGAGCGCGGUCUCUGAUGAUGUUGCUCUUUGCCACCAUCACAGUCUGGGGAGUAUGGCUCUUGUGGUUCUGGGUCUCCCUUCUUGGUCUCUGCAUUUCGCCAUUCAUCUUCAACCCCCAUCAAUUCGCCUGGAACGACUUUUUCAUCGACUACCGAGACUAUCUCAGAUGGCUGUCUCGCGGCAAUUCUCGUUCACAUGCCUCGUCUUGGAUUGCCUUCUGUCGCCUUAGUCGCACUCGUCUUACCGGCUACAAGCGCAAAGCUCUCGGUGUCCCGUCGGAGAAGCUCAGCGGCGACGUCCCUCGUGCGCAAUUCACCAGUGUGUUCUUCAGCGAGGUCGUGGGCCCGCUCGUCCUUGUCUGUCUCACAUUGAUCCCAUACCUCUUCAUCAAUGCACAGACUGGCGUUCAAGGUGCUGAUCUGAAAGACCCGACCAAUUCUCUGAUCCGAGUGGCUAUCGUUGCCUUUGCCCCUAUUGCCGUCAACGCUGGUGUGCUCGCUGCAUUGUUCGGCAUGGCUUGUUGUAUGGGGCCUGUCUUGAGCAUGUGCUGCAAGAAAUUCGGCUCGGUGCUUGCGGCCAUCGCUCACGGCGUUGCGGUUAUCAUGCUCUUGGCUUUCUGGGAGGUCAUGUUCUUCCUCGAGGGCUGGAUCUUCGCCAAGGCCCUUCUAGGCAUGAUUGCUGUCGUGGCUCUCCAGCGGUUCAUCUUCAAGCUCAUCAUCGCCCUCUGCUUGACGAGGGAGUUCAAGCACGAUACCUCCAACAUAGCAUGGUGGACUGGCAAGUGGUACUCGAUGGGCUGGCACUCGAUGUCCCAGCCUGCGCGAGAGUAUCUUUGCAAGAUCACCGAGCUUGGGUUUUUCGCAGCUGAUUUCAUCCUCGGUCAUAUCAUCAUGUUCAUCAUGCUGCCGGCUCUCUGCGUCCCAUACAUCGACAAGUUCCACUCGGUUAUGCUCUUCUGGCUCCGACCUAGCCGUCAAAUUCGACCUCCCAUCUACUCGAUCAAGCAAUCUCGCCUUCGAAAGAGGCGUGUUAUCCGCUAUGCUAUCUUGUACUUCAUUAUGCUCAUCGUCUUCCUUGUUCUCAUCAUCGGACCAGUCAUCGUCCGCAAAUACAUCAACAGUCUGCCAGAAAUUCCGAUGGAUCUGCUACAGCCUACUGGACAGAACAACAACGACACCACGACCGGUGUCACCGGCUCUGCCCUGGUCAACUUUGGUCAAGAUGCCGGCACGGCUGCAGCGACCCAAGCCGCUGCUACGAGCUCCAACUCGAACGAUCCUUUCAGCUUCGGUGGUGGCGGUGACCGCUUCGUGCGGUGGUAA